AUGCUGUCGACGGCGAAAGCUUUCGGAUUUGCUGUAAACCGAACGUCUCAAACUCCAAAACUUGAGAAAUGCAUGAUUGAACUUCAAGCUCCGGAGGCCAUCGGGCUUUCCGUCAAACAAUUCGCACCCCAGGUGAAGGUCAUUGGUGUGGACAUUAUUCGUGCUGCGGAAAGCUCCGAAACAAGUGGUUUUCUAUGUCGUUCCUCAAUCGCAGACCAGCAAAUCAAAUUGUUGAGCUCACUGGCGGCCGUGCAUGAAAACCGGCAUGUCAGCGAUCAUGAUUACGGAGAUAAGGAUUUCAUGACAGAAGCGAUGGAUGCCAAUGCAGGGGUCGUUGAUGAAAUGAUCAUGGUAGAGCCACUGGAAAUACAAGCCGCCGUCAAGGACACGUUCCGAGAAACGCGGGGCAUUGUUGACAUCAAUGGAGCAUUGGCAGUAGCGGGUAUGAUGAGAUAUGCUUCAAAGGCCUCCAAAGAGCCAUCGCGGGGUUGCAGUCAUUUCAAGCGCUGA